UUGGAGUUGGACGUGUCUAUAGUUUGGCAUUGGUAUAAAUAGGACGGUUACUAUUGAAGAAGUACAUAGUGCUUCAAACGCAAGGGAACAAUGAAGAUCUUAAUCGUGUCAUUCGUUGGCACCUUAUUCAGUGCCUCGCUCCUGUUAGCGCAAGAGGAAAUGAAAGAAAAGGAUGAAAUGGGCGCGAUUAUGUCGUGCAUCAAUUCGGACGAAAAUUCAUUUGCCGCAGGAAAUUACACUCAGAAUACAAUUUUCGACGACCAAGAGUCGAAAUGUUUCUAUGCAUGUGUCAUGGAAGGUCAAAAUCAUAUGGUGAACGGAUCUAUAAAUGCAGAUAUGAUAAAGUAUCAUCUUGGAAAUGAGUCUGAGCAAGCGGUAGAUACUUGCCAAAAGUAUGGACAUCGCGGAGGCAAAGACAAAUGCGAAAUAGCAUACAGAUUUCAAGUUUGCUUAAGGAGGAACAAUGGUACUGAUGACGGAGCUUGUUAAUCAUUCAGAAUAAGACCACCUUUUGCGAAUAGAUGAAUGACUAUGCGGUUACUGCGAUGCAUAACUGAACAACUUGUUGCUAUUGCCUUUUGUGAUUAUUGAACUCGCUUAUAUCAAUAAUUGUCCAUUAUAAGUAAAAGUGUGCAUCAAUUUGUAA